AUGGCUGGGAUUCUCAGCACUCAGCAAGGUCAUCUCGGCCGCGCCAAGGGUGCUAUCCAGGGUGCUGGCUCGCUGCCUGUCUUAGGCUGCAGCGACUCCAUGGACAUUUCGCCCAUGUCGAGUCCGACGGUAUCUCCGGAUAUCCUGCCCACGGAUAUCACGCCCCUCCCUAGCCCCAUGGAGUGGAUGGCUGAGGAGGACCUGUAG